AUGCCUCCAGAAGAGAAAGAUGCCGCCAAGAAGAGCGAACCUGAGAUGGUUGAUCCUACCUUGCAUGAGCCAGUGUCAAUGGAAGAUGAUGUCAACAUUCACCCUGAUGAGUUGCCACAUACCCCCUUCAAGGAGUCAACGGUUCCUUUGGAUGGCAAGGAGACUUUCCCAGUGAAGAGUCCCAAGAUGAAGCGCAUCAAGAAGUUGGCUGGAAAGAAGGAUGCCAAUAAGAAGCAGAACAGAGCCAAGAAGGCAAAGGCGGUGAAGGAACAGGUGGAGGAAGACAAGACAUCAAAGAAAGGUAAAAAGGAGUCAGACUUGUUGGAGAAGAAGACUGCGAAGAGACAGAAAAAGACUGGAGAACACAUGCCUGAAAAGAAAAAAUCCAAGGGCAAGACCAUCACAGAGAAGACUGACAACGCAGAAGGCAAGGAAAACAAGCCUGCAAGCAAGCGGCAGCCUCGAAAGGCAAGAGAGGAUGAGACCAAGGAAAAACGAGUCAGGAGAGGUGUUCAGCCACAGGAGGACAUCCAAGUGAAACCAGUGGUGAGGGAUUUGGUCCUCGGCGUUUUGCGAGAGUGCAAGAGCUCACAUUGCACCCACCCGUCCUUUGAGCAACCCAACCCGGGAAAUGGGAUCUAUGUCAUGCCCUACUGGUCCAGGAACCAUGCUGGGGUGUUAAUACCGAGACACUUUGUCAAGAACCCACGCAAGAGCAGCAGCAGUGCAAAUCCAAAGUCCAAGUCCAGAAAGGAUCGAGGUUCCCAGGUUGCUUACUUCGGCAAUGACACGCCAUGCGCCUACACCAACAUUCUUCUUGCUGGCGCCUAUGCUGAUGAAUUGGAGAAGGAACUCAAGAAGGAGGAUCCUGACCCUUCCUCGGAUGACCUGAAGGUCUUGCGGAAGCAGCUGCAUGCCUCGCACGCUGCAGCCUUGGAUGCAUGGCAAGCUGCUGAAAGUAGCCAAGCCGAAUCCUGA